AGCACCCUUCAUUCUCUAAUUGCUGUUUGCUCAUCGUUGCUUGCAUUGUACACUAAAAAACUUUGAUAUUUAAUCAGAGCUCCAUUUUUACCGCCUUCUGUUCCGAUUUAUCUCACCCAAACCUCAAAAGUUAGCGCAUAGCGAAGACAAUAUGCAACCUUUACCAAACCGGUUAGGACUUGGUCUGCGUCCACCUUUGCCGUCUUAUGGCCAAGGGCCCUCAAUGUCGGCUCUCGCACAGCAGCAACAAAUGCUUCAUCAGAACUUUGUACCUCCGCAAGCGCAGAAACUGACAACUUUGUUUGUCGGUUCGAUAUCGGGAGGCAUAACAGAUGCAUUUCUUAAUCGGCUUCUUACGGCAUGCGGGCCUGUCAAGUCUUUCAAGCGCCUGAUUACACCUGCUAAUAAACCACAAGGUUUUGGAUUUGCUGAAUAUGAAGAGCCAGAUGCCGCUUUACGUUGUCUAAAUCUUUUGCAAAGCGUAGAGCUGCCCGCAUUGGAGGAUGGUUGUGCGAACAAGAAGUUACUGAUCAAAGCGGACGAAAAGACAAGAAUGUUUUUAGAUGCAUAUCAAGCCCAGCGGAUGAAAACAGACACUGACGAUUUAUUAAUGCAACAGUCGAAAGCUAAAGUUGACGAACUCGUAGCAGAAAUCAAUCGUGCUUCUCAAGAUGCAGCAAAUAGUGGUCUGAUCGACAAGGAGAAGUAUGUUAUACCGCCACAUUUGCACGAUUUGCAAGAAGCCGAUCUUCCCGAAACGCAGCGUGGUCUUGUUAUUUCUGAAAUUGCCCAGUUUCGUGAACGUGCAGCCAAAAGAGAAAGAGAAAAAAUGAGAGACGUGCGCGAGAAUAUACCUGUCGUGGGUGCGCCUAGUGGACCGAAAGUUAGGGAGUGGGGAAAGCCGCAGCCUCAGUCACCUGCUCAGGGGUCUCCUCAGCCUGGUAAGAGUGGCCCACAGGGCCACGGAAAGGGAGCACAAGGAUAUAGUAAACCUGUCGGAUUUGUGAAAGCCGAGGAUAGUGGCGCAGCAACGGGUGCAUUGUCUGGUGAACGCCAAGUACCUGGUAAAGGAGGAAAGACAGAUGAGGAAUUGGAGUCUGAUCGGAAAGAGGCGAGACGGCGCGACGAGGAAGUUUCUUUUAGAGACCGAGAGCGUCGUUAUGAGCCUCGAGAGCGAGCUCGUAUACAAACUCUUGAACGUUCUAUAGCUCGCCAGUCCGCAAUGAAGGAGGCCGAAGAACGAGAUCGGAUUGAGAUGCGAUCGCGUUUGGAUGUAUGGGACGACGACGAAAGUGAUGAGCUGUUUUAUGUUGAUCGCGUUCGCUGGCGUCAAUCUCGUGUUCGGCGGCUGGCUGCUGAAGAGGCUGCUGACAGUGAAUCUCGGUUAUAUGAAGAGCGAGAAACUGAGAAUCUACGACUGGAGUCGGAGAAGUUCCUUGCUAGACAGAUGGAAGAUAUGCAGGCUUUAGCUGAAGAGCAACGCAAGGCUGGAAUGUUACUGGAUGAUGGUGCUCCGGUGAAACUCAACAUGUCGUUAACUACUGCUCCGAUCAAGCAGGAGCCCUCUGGAAAAGAGAGCAAGGCGACGUUGUUCGGUCAGGAGGAGGAGGAGGAGGAAGAUAUCAAGAAACGGAAGGUUCCCCUUGUCAAGCUUGAUUUCAGUGCUGCAGAAGGAGAGAAGGCGAAGGAGCGGGUGGUCAAGAUUAAGGAGUCUGUACCGCACGAUAAAGAGACCCUGUUCAAAGCGAAAGUUAGAUGGGAUGGUUUAUCUGAUAUGAUGAUUGAUCGAAAGUUCGAACCUUUGGUUAAACGUCAAAUGGUCAAGUACCUCGGCGAACUGGAGGACGAUGAUCUAAUUAUGUUUGUACUGGAACAUCUGAAAGACCACAAAGGUCCACAAAAGCUUGUCGAGGGGCUCGAGCCUGUGUUGGAGGAAGAAGCAGGAGAGUUCGCCAUCAGCGUUUGGAGACAAGUCAUCUUCGAGAGCAUGGCGUAUGGUGAAGGCCUACACACCGAAAAACUGAUGGUCGACUGAGAGGCUGCGGCAAUGAAAGGACUUGAUUACUGAUGGUACCUCUGCUCAUGAAGGAGGGGGCAGGUGCGUUGUGUAGCAUUAUGUUUAUAUCCGCUGAGAUGUACGAAUCUUUCGUGAUGAGCGUCAACGUUCUUCUGGCAUGGUGGUGGUGCUCUUGGAGGAAGGCGUUACUGUGAAGCUGCAGUCGUGAGUUCACCUUUAGAUCAUCCUUGUAGCGAAAUUACUUCUCCUUGUGCUUGAGCGCUAUUAUUCUAUACAUCGAUAUUCGAUCUA